AUGCCUGCCAGUCUCUUCUCGCUGCCGCCCGAGCUGAUCGAGCAUCUCAUCUCGUUCUUCACCGGUGCGGAGAUCGCGGCGUUCGCGGGUACCAAUCGCGCGCUGCAUGAGCUCAUCGCGGAGGAUAACACCCAUCUGUGGCGGGCGCUCUAUCUCGCCCAACCCUAUGACGACCCGCUCGAGCUCGGCCUGAUCGACGAUGUUGCUGACUUUUCGUGGGCCGCGACGUACAAGAUUCGGUACACUGCCGAGAAUAGUAAAUCACAAGUGCGGCCCGUGGUAGACGGUAUAAUCCAUACCGUGCGCACCGCGCCUCGUUACUCGGCACACAGCUCUGCAGACAUGACUUGGGCGACCCAACUGAUUUUGCGCAAUGCGCACAUGUUCCGUGACUUUGGCGAGGACGCGGUUGCGCGUGCGCUUUCGGAUACCGACAGGGAGACCGAAGACCGCCGUCUUCGCGUCCGCGCCCAUUUCCCGCUCUCGCUUACCUCACCCCUCCGCGAGGUGUUCAACAAGCAGCGCCAAGCUGCACGGACAUACAUCUACGACAUGCGAAACUAUACCAAAGAUCGCCAGUACGGCCCGUUCAAAGACGACUUCGAGGACGCGGUGAACUGGGAGCAUGUUGAUAAGAUUGUUACAGUCGUCGCGGCGAACUUGAGGGACUUCGGAGCGACCUGGCCUCAACCGCUUCAGCCGCCUUUGCUGGUACAUGGUGCGGAGGCGUUGAGGGAAGGGAGUGUGGACAUGUUUAGGAAUGAUGAUGAAGAGGUUGAGAGUAAUCCGUUGGACUGGGCUGGGGUUGAAGGAGAAUGGAUGAGAGUCGUGUGUUUUUGCGAUUACAGAGAUCUAUUCCAAUUCAACCUCUUCCAGGCCGGCUCACGCAACCAAGACUUCUUCGACGAGGACUUCGAAGAAGCGACGCGUCUACUACGCAUGCACAUGCACGUCACAGAUAUCGAUGAGUCCAUCCCUAGCGCGGACCCCAAACGCCCUACACUGCGUAUUGUAGGCUCUAUGCGCGGACUGAGCGCUAUGGAACACUCCGAUCGUACUGUCAGGGGAUACGUCACAGUCAUGCCUGGUGGCGAUAUACGCUGGAGCUUUGUUUCGAUUCAUCACGGCGAAGAGCAAUGGAGCUCGGAGGCAGUUCAGCUCGGUGGAGCAGCGAGCGCCGCGGGUCUCGUCGGUAUCUGGACUGGCGCGCAUCACAAUCAUGGCGACCCUGCCGGCCCCUUCUGGGCGUUCAAAGUGAAUGAAGAUGUAUUCGGGAAAGACGGGAUGGGGCCACUGGGAAGAUUGUAUUUGUAG